UGAAGGAUUUUUCAACAAUGGAUAUCAUUAUAUUUUGCGGCAGUAUCCUUCUUUUUGCGAUGCUAUUAAUGGAGCUGCUGGAUUGGCUGUGCUUAGUGUCGUCAUCAAGGUGUUCCGAAUCUAGUUGGAUCAAUCCAUUUAUCUACGGAGAGAAUAAUGGCCCGAGAGUAUGGCGCCUCCUCUAUCCGGAGUCCCGGGGUUGCGAACAGUCGCCGAUCAACAUCGACGGCCAGUGCGCGACUGUCGUCGCACAUUCGGAGCCGCUUCGUUGGCAAGGCUAUUGCGAUGAGCCCGCGUCUAUGGUUAUUGUAAACGAUGGAAACAAAGUGAUUCUUCUUGGUGUGUGGAGAUCAUCAAUGCGGCCGUGUCUAUCAGGCGGGCCGUUAAAAGGUGUUUAUGAUUUCUGCUCGAUAGAGUUUCGCUGGGGCCCGGCCAAUGACGAGGGUAGCGAGCAUAGUAUUGACUAUAUGCGUUACCCCAUGGAACUUCAAGUAGUCCAUACCAAGCGAUCCACCUGCACAUUACCUGGUGUCACAACAAACGACCGAGACGUAGUCGUCAUUCUGUCCUAUUUUUUUCAACUGACAAGUAUUGAUAACCCCUACCUCGACCACGUCGUAACAAAUCUCUGGCGUAUCUCAAACCCUGGUUGCCGGUUUACCGUGACUGCUUUUCCACUCGAAUGGCUUGUGCCGAGUUUUAAUACGAAGUUUUAUACCUAUAGCGGCUCUAUUACGCAACCGCCCUGCACCGAGAAUGCCAUUUGGAUCCUUAACCCCUGUCCCAUAGCCAUAUCUGCUCAACAGAUUUCACAAUUUCGUAAUGUUUGUUCAAUUGAAGGACCAAUUCUAUCGAAUUCUAGACCAGUGCAAAAGCUUAAUGAUCGCCAAAUAUUUUACUAUACAUGA